AAUUAUUAAUUUAUAGAUGCUCUACAGUAUAUUAUAAUAAGAAUAGGAGGAGGUGUGUAAUACUAUAUUUAAAUAUUUAAAUGUCAAAUCGCUGUUGCUCACGUAUAUAAACUACUCUAUCCGGUCCUUAUUUUGCCGGUCUGCCCCAAACUCGGAGAAACCAUCGAUACCCAUCCCAUUAUCUUCCCAAUCUCAUUAACGCCGUUGCUCCCAGUCCCCCCACCAAGGAUGCCGGCAGAGAACACCUCUCAGUUAAUCUCACCACCGCUUAUCUUUUUUACUUUAUCAAUCGGAAACACCCAUUUGUUUUGUAAGUGUUUUAAACUCAAUCAAAGUUGGUCCAUGCCAUGUUGUUCUCAAAGAUGCAGUGACAAACCUCAAUUUUACUCAAACCUGAACCAAGAGCCAAAAAUUCUCCAUAGUUUUGACUCCAUCUGAAUUUAUCAGUAUGACAAAUAGCAACUCUUUGAUCACUGAUUAAUCUUCACUUUGGAUUUGGGGUCAAGUAUAUGCGCUUCGUAUACCCAAAUCUUCCGGACCGAAACACAGUAGUAAUACAUCCGAUGGCAAGACAACGACUUUGUGAUCCGCCCUAGUAACUUCUCCGAUCAUGAUGUUUCCUCCUUAUCCGUGAGCAUUCUCGGUACUUCGAACGGCGAUAUUUCUUGCCAGCAUCGACGUCGCGAAAUCAAUACCUUUUUCGCUGCCGGCACACCGUUUCAUCUCUCCGGGGCUCGGCUCUCUGUCGGCAUCGAUGGUGGGAGCAUCGGCGGCCUUAAUGGGGUGGAGAACAUCGUGGGAUGAAUAGUGAUCGGUUUUUCCGAUUUUGGGGCAGACCGGCAAAAAUCAAGGGAAAUUAAAACUAAAAGAAAUCUGUAAUUAAAAGUAUAAAACACAUGUCACCUUAUAAUUUGUUUGCUGCACAUUGCAUGGAAUAUUUUCUCAUAUUUUUAAGUUUUAAAAACAUCAAUGAAAGCUAGGACAUCAAAAUGAGGGAGUAUACUACAUAGAAUAACUGGACAACAAUGUGAUUAGAUGCAAGUCGAAAGUGACAUAAACAACGGACGAAAAAGUCGAAAACUAAACACGAUUGAUUGAAGUUCCGUGCUAAUCUUUUCUUCUUGGACCUUGUCAAAGAUGUAAUAAUGUAAUGAUUGCUUUAAAAAUUCAUCAAUUUGCUGCACGAGUUAAAAAUUAGAGAGCUAAUCUAAAUCAUGGCUUCAUAAAAAAUUAAGAAUGAUGAAUAAUUGGAACAGAAGAACACUAAAGAAGUAGAAAGCGGCUAAUUACAGCAUUUUGUAGAUCCUGACGAAAGAUUGUUUGGACUGGUUCCAAAAUAAAAAAAAAAAAUCCAAUCUUUCCCCCAUUUGAAAUGAAGUGGGUUUCUUUCAGAUUCUUCAAUUCUGUUCGCGAACAAAUAGAAUACACACACACUAUACAUUGAUUGACAUCUGCCUCUUUGGUUUGGGUUUUGGCAUCAAUCUUUGUCAGCAAGUAUGCCCCUUGUCCCCAGUUUCUUGGUAUUAGUCUCUUUUAUUCCACAACCAAUCAUAAAAAUUUGAAUCCUAACCUGCUUUUGAAAGCUAACCCAAAUCCCAACUCAAAAAUAUCUAUUUCAUCAAUACUGUAAACUGGGAUAGCCCUUUUGGCCCCAACCACCAGGAUAUUCUCCCAUGGCGGAAGAUGACGGCCGCGAGGUUGAAAGUAAUGAUGGGCAUCUUGAUCAGAUGUACACGUUGGACGAGGCGCUUACAGUUGUGGGUUUUGGGAGAUUCCAAGUUAUGGUGCUUCUUUAUGCUGGAUUUGGGUCUAUGGCGGAGGCUAUGGAGAUUAUGAUUCUGUCUUUUGUUGGGCCUGCAGUUAAGUCCGAGUGGGGGCUUUCUUCUGCUCAAGAGAGCUUGAUAACUACUGUUGUCUUCGCUGGCAUGCUCAUUGGUGCUUAUUCCUGGGGGGUUAUUUCAGAUACCUACGGAAGGAGGAAAGGUCUACUGAGUGUACCUUUCGUGACCUCGAUAUUUGGUUUCCUCAGUACUUUCUCCCCCAAUUAUGUAAUGCUGAUUAUUUUCAGAAUGUUGGUUGGUGCUGGCCUGGGGGGUGGGCCUGUAUAUACUUCCUGGUUCCUAGAGUUUGUACCACCACAGAAAAGGGGAAUUUGGAUGGUUAUAUUCUCCACAUUCUGGUCCAUUGGGACAAUACUCGAGGCUUCGUUGGCAUGGAUAGUUAUGCCAAGACUCAGUUGGAGGUGGUUACUUGCUUUGUCAUCGGUACCAUCUUUUGGAGCCCUCAUCUUUUAUGGUUUUGCUAUAGAAUCUCCUAGAUAUUUAUAUAUGAAAGGGAAAAUGAGUGAUGUGCAUGAUAUGCUAAGACAAAUGUCCGCAGUAAACGGAAAAAAAUUGCCUGCUGGACUACUUGUUUCUGAUGAGACACCAGACCCCGAUGAAGAAUAUGCUCCUGUGGAACAAACCCGGUUGCUUUCUUCAGAGGCCAAAGGAGACUUACUUUCUAAAACUGGCUUGUCUUCUGUUAUUAUGUUAUUCUCAACAAGAUUAGUGAAAACUACGAUUCUAAUAUGGAUUGUCUAUUUUGGCAAUGCCUUUGCAUAUUAUGGCAUAAUUCUGCUGACCUCAGAGAUAAGCAGCGGACGGAGUCAAUGUACCUCAAAUACUCCAAAUUCUGGUAUAUCCAAAACUGAUGAUACUAGCCUUUACAGAGAUGUAUUUGUCACUAGCUUUGCAGAGCUUCCUGGACUUGUUCUAUCUGCAGCGAUUGUAGAUUACAUUGGUCGAAAAAGAUCCUUGGUGCUUAUGUAUGGCUUGUGUUUCUUAUUCCUUUUACCGCUGUUGACCCAUCAGAAUGAGUUUGUGACAACUGCCUUAUUAUUUGGAGCUCGAAUGUUCAUCAUUGGGACAUUUUGUGUAGCUGGUAUAUAUUGUCCAGAGGUAAAACACUGAACUCAGUUGUUGAUUGUUCUUUGUAACUGUUGCCCCUUUUUCUCUGAUAUCUGCUGUGACAGAUGUUCGCUCACUUAUUCAGGAAAACAGUAUAAUAAUCUAUAAUAUCUAAGCCUAAUGCGUCCUGCAUGGUACUUCAAAAUGCUCAAAAUCAAAAGUAGAAACUUUGUGUUAAAAUAAGUCAAACCACCACACGGCACCUAACCGGAUCCUGUUCACUGUGUCAUCUGAAUGCCUUGAUUUGACUUUUGUUCGUUUCUGGGAAGUUGCCAUUGACAUCAUAUGUUGUUAUGAGCGAAAAGGGACAUUGUUAGUGUUUGUGAUUUCGAGCGCUUUCUUGCAGAUAUAUCCAACUGCUGUGAGGUCAACUGGGAGUGGAGUUGCGAGUGCCAUUGGAAGAAUCGGAGGGAUGAUCAGCCCUAUUGUUGCUGUACAAUUGGUUUCGGGUUGUAACGUGACGCCGGCUAUUCUGUUCUUCGAGCUUGUAAUUUUUCUGGCAGGAAUUAGCUCUAUGCUUUUUCCCUUCGAGACAAGGGGACGUAAACUAAUUGAUACGGUUGAUUAGUGUGUAGUUUGCCUCAAGAUGUUAUUCACUGCUUAAACUUAAUAGAAUUUUGGUAUAAAAAUGCCACACAUUUGUUGCUAUAUUCGCUUACAAAAAGAUAAUCCACUUUGUUGAACUGAAACAAAGGUCCGCUCUUACGCAAAGAUCAAAGAAUACUGAAUAUAUGAAGCAUGA